CUCGACACGUCGACGAUUCGACCGACUGCUUUAUGAUUCCCGUCGCGUUAACGGCCGACGACCCGGAACGAUGCCGCAGAAAGCUCUGGGAUCCAUUGUAGGUCUUCUUUGUACCGGGACCGGUCUGGUGCAGGCCAAGGAGUUCUGUUUUGGGGUAAACAAUGAACAGUACCGCUGUGAGAUGGGGUACUGCUGCGGGGAGACGGAGUGCUGCACCUACUACUAUGAGCUCUGGUGGUUCUGGUUAGUGUGGACCCUCAUCAUCAUGCUGAGUUGCUGCUGUGCCUACCGACACCGGCGGGUCAAGAUGCGCCUGCAGCAGGAGCAACGUCAGCGAGAGAUCAGCCUCAUGGCCUACCAAGGAGCCUCGAGCUCCUUCAUCUCCCCUCCGCCACUCAAUCUAAGGUUUUGGAACGACUGCAAGCUUCCUGACUAUGAGGAGGUGGUGGGCCACCCCCCGACUCCACCGCCUCCGUACUCUGAAAACCCCCCCGAGACUGCUCCGGCACUCCCUCCUCAACUGCGUCAGCAACAUGUGGCCUCAGUGCCACCAACCCUGGCCGAGGCCGACCCGCACAGCGAGGCCUCGGGCUCAUCGUCGCAACAGGAAGAAGUGUCAAUGCUGACUCAAGCGCAGUGUCCGGAAGAAGAGAACGUGGCGGCCGCGUUGAUGGCAGCAGAGGAGGACGAGGAGGAGCUCGUCACUCGACGUCGGCAUGUGACCGGCGACUCAGGGAUCGAGGUGUGCGUUUGCCAGCUGGACGUGGACGAGGGCUCGGGGCUCGAGGAGGAGAGCGACGAGGAGCACAGGUGCAAGGUCCAAGAUGGGGACUGCUGCUCCGGGCAUCAGCAGCAAACCUUCAGGCAGAAGGAGCACACCCCUGAGCUGCCCGGCCAGACGGCCAGCACCAGCACUGGAGACCACAUGGUGUGAUCUACAGCAUAACUAACCAGCCACUCGGUGCCGCUUUCUGCUUCACACGCGCGGUGAUAUGACAACAGCUGCUGCCACCAUCGUCAACGCUGUCUGUGUUUUAAUUCUUUGAACUAACACAUAGGCAUGACGUUAAGAUGAUGAUGAUAUCUAAUCUUUAAUGGCUCCCGAUUAGGAAAGAUGACUAACAGGUAACAAUAACAAAGUCCUGGUUUAAUUAUUUCUUUUCCUUUGCUUUUCCUUAGUGGGGAAACCAGCGAUCACAUGUUGACGUACCAUUUGGUAUGUUUUGUUUUUCUUGGUGUUUAUUGAGAGAAUGUAAUUGGGUAGUGAGAAGGCAGCAAAUUGAUUGUGACUGAAAUCAGAAUUGACUGUUUCCCUUGAUACUGCCGUAUCCUUGAGCACUGCCAUUAUGUUUCCGUUUCGCUCUCGCCACUCUCUCCUUGGUCACAACUUUUCUGGCCAUCCUCCCAUCUGACAUUUUACCUCCGAUGGUCAGCUAGGAGCAUACCAACACUGUCAGCAAUGUUUCUCCCCUUGUCCCCACUACGACCAAGCAGGGGUGCCAAAAAUAAAUUCUCUUGAUAUUACUUAAGAUGAUCCAGGAUGACCCCCCCCCCCCCCACACACACACACACAGACUUAUGUGCGUGAGAGUUUGUGUGUGUGUGCUGUGAAAUCUAGGGCACAGCUGCAUGGUGAUGUCAGCUCUGAGGUCAUGAUCAUCUUCUGGUGUCCUCUGGUCUGGGGGAUGUUUUGCAUCAAGAUAGGGUGGCGGGGGGGAUAACCACCCACAAAUUACAGAGGCAGGGACAGGAAAGAGUAGAGUUAAAAUGUCAUAAAUCCUCCCUUCAGCCCUUUUUUUUUUGGGAUAUCCGUUCUGUGGUCACCAAUAAGCAUGACUGUAGGUAGAGGAGUGAUCUGCUUUUUUGUGAUUUUGUGAUCUUUGGUGUCUGACUGCAUUUAAGUGAGAGUAAAUGACAAGCGGGUUAUGCCACCAAACUUAAAAAAAAAAAAAAGAUUCAACAAAAAGCCUUGUGGUGGCUGCAGGUUUGCGAUUUGUGUUUCUCAGUAUAUAGCUUGGAUUUAAAUAAGGAAGGCUGUACUUUACUUUAUUUUUUCUCUCUUUCAUAACCAGCUGAGCUUCAGUAGAUGCCACAGGUGUCACCGUUAACUGCAACAAAGCUCCUGAUGUGGGCUGCAAGAGUUCGAACUAGUGGGGGUGUUCUAGUGCGGUGGGGUGUAUUCUGUGUAUGUCUGUACUGUUGUUCUUGUUCUUUUUUUCCUUUUUUUUGCAUGAGGCAUGCAUUUCUGUGUUUAUACUUGAGUUAAUCAAAUUUUUCUAGCCGUUAUGCUCCUCGCUUUGCUCAACCGUUAGUCAAAAUAACAGCGUGCUACACAACUCCACGUGUUGUGGGGUAAAGAAAUGGACCGAGGUUUGAGCCCCAGACGCUUGGGAUCUAGUUUCAUUUUGUUGCUGCAAAUGUCUGAGCUGUGCUGUGCAGGUGCUGGUAGCUGGUUAGCCUGGUGCUGUCUUCUUGGCCCUGCGUGGCCCCCGCGGCUCUUGGCCGUGUGAGGGAUUUGCAGUGGUAUUUUCCACUGGCGGCAGAGGGCGGGUGUGUCGGAAAGUUGAGGUGGAUGCAGGCGCUGCUCUGCAGUCUACAGUCGGUGAUGGCAGCUGCAGAAUCUAUUGUGAUUCACUGCUGUGCCGUGCAUGUUGCUUGCCCUGUGUACAGUAUGUAUGUAUGUUUGUGUUCAUAGCUUAGCAGUCGAGAAGUGGGUGUUGGACACAAAACAAAACCGUUAUUCGUUUCAUUGAGAAUUUCAAUUUGGAACAAUGUUGCAACAACUUUUUGUCAUUCUGCUUCAGAAAAGCACAUGUGCUCUCUGAGCACUGCUCCUGAUUUGCCUUUUUAUCACCGUCACGAUGUAAACGGUCUCCCGACUGAAUUUGGCAUUCUAAACGUCCAAUUGUCCCUGAAAAGACUUCUAAACAUGUGUUAUAGCAUUUUUUGUAAAUGUAGCGAUUGGACAUACAUUUCCAGCUGGCAAAGUAGGGGAGGGAGUGCCAACAUUUCACAGGUGUGUAAAAAUAUAUAUAUUCAGACAUUUGCCGACUGUACAAGUAAACUUGUCUGUUACAACACUUGACUCUGGGUUCUGCACUUUAAUGGUGUAUAAUUUUUUUUCGACCAAUGUGGGUCAGUGGCCUAUGAAAGUGUUUCCUCACACCAACAAGAGUCCUGUUAUGGUUGUUGUUGCUGUGUUGAGCCAGAGUUUGUACCUGUUGUGGCUAAAACACGAAAAAAAAAAUGCAAGGGGUCCAUUGAGCACCACAUACCUGAAUACAAAGUGGAACAAAACGAAUGCACGGCUGCCUCAGGCUUAAAAAAUAAAAGGCAAAGCUGUUUGUUUCAUGUUCAUUCAAACAGUUGGUUGUCAGUCAGUUUUGCAGCAGUGAGGUUUGCAGGCGUCGUGUGUAUGAAUCUGAAGCCGUGCUAACAUGACGAAUGACCUGCUCAGAGGAGCUGUGACACCUGUGUGAGCCUGACUGCACACGAAUCAGCUGCAGUCAUAUUAAGACAUCUUUUUGACCAACACACCUCAAGCUGCCUUGCUGCAUCUCUAGAGAGCAAAUGUCUUGAUUAUGGAUUUGCAGGGUAAAAAAAACUAACAAAAAAACAAAAACAAGCCUCUGUAUGCCGUACUGAUGUGCUACUGCCUUAUUAGACUAGAUGUAGUUACAUGGGGUUGCUCUCGAUUUCUUUUGAAUGGUGAAACUUGUCGUUGUGGUUCGUGUUGUCCCAAAGCAUGGUUGCUUUAGAGCGGCGCAGUGUUUCCGUGACAACAGCAAAAGAACAGAGUUUGUUCCGGGAACGUCUGGUCGCUUAGUGAGAAGUAGGAUGUGGUUUAUACACAAUUUAAAACUUUCUCAUGUUCUUUAGAGUUCGACUUGACAUUGACGAGUGUUGGUUGUGUUGCAUUUGAAAAUCCCUCGUGUCAUGUUAGUUGUGACACUGAUGGAAUUCGUCAACACCAGAUUGUUGAGCUUGUGCUCACUUUUGUUUUUUAUCUUUUUUGUUCCAUGGAUCAGGUCGCAAUUAGUUUGUGAAAUUACCUGACUGAAGCAUGAAGAAAACAAGUAAAAAGAAAUACAGAUUUUUGUUUCUUAUAGUCUCUUUGUGAUUAAUCUUAUGUCUGUUUUGCAUUUUGAGGACAACUGUUGAAUCCAAUAAGAGAUUGCUUUGUGAACUUCUCGCCGAGGUUCAGUUUUGCUUAUUUGAAUUACGUAUGUAGACAAAAUAACCGAGACGGGGAGCAAGGGACUAAUGGUUCUUUUUUUCUGCAUGAGUGAACAAGAGGCUGAUAGUUUUCCCUUUGCCAAACAAAUACUCUGCCUCCCUGAUUUUUUUCCACACGUUCACCGUGAUCAAGGGCUUUGUGAAACAGACAGUGGACAGACCGACAUCCAUUCUUUCACUGAGCGCUUCGUCCGCUCCUAGCUGUUCUUUUGAAGACACAGUUGCUGAGAUCCACCAUCUUGACGUGGUCAGAAAAUUUGCAGUGUGAACGUGGUCUCUGGUGUUUGGAUGUGGACGUCUUUGUAAUGCUCAUAUUUAACAAUAGCUGAUUGUAAAUGACUAUAUGUUUGUUUAAUAGGCUCUAACUUUGCCUUUUUUUUACUUUUUUUUGGCUUUCGUCAACCUCAACGGAGGUGCGUGAUGCGCAGGUGCUUGUGACAGGAGCUUUUUUUAUUUUUGCUCUAAGCUCCGUUUAAUAUUUCGGGGACCGUGACUCCGCCCUCUGCCAGGCUCUGUCUUGGUUACAGAAACUAUAGCCGAUGCUGUAGCUGUCGGGUUUUUCUCGACUGCGCAGCUCUCAAUGUGGACCCGUGGAAGAAAGAAAAAAAAAAGGGGGGUAUCUAAGAGUAUCGACAGAAUAAUUUACAAAAGUCGGUGCCGUGUCCACGCUACAUGGAUCACCCCUGUUUUCACCGCUGUGUGUGUGUGUGUGUGUGUGUGUGUGUGUGUGUGUGUGUGUGUGUGUGUGUGUGUGUGUGUGUGUGUGUGUGUGUGUGUGUGUGUGUGUGUGUGUGUGUGUGUGUGUGUGUGUGUGUGUGUGUGUGUGUGUGUGUGUGUGUGUGUGUGUGUGUGUGUGUGUGUGUGUGUGUGUGUGUGCGUGCGUGCGUAGGUGCGGAUGUUGGCAUCACAAUGGUCUGUUUGGUUUCCCACUCUCUCAGGGUAAUCUUUAACCGAGCAGUGCUAGAAUUUUAAAUUAACACAUUUUUUGGACCCCCGCCCCCGUAGUCUCAUAAAGCCAAAGCAGUUGUUUCGUGGUCGUCGUCUGUGUUUAUUUCUGCAUCACGCAUCUCUGUAGUGUAUUGAACUUUACUCAACUAGGCUAUGCAAAAAAACAAAACAUAAACCAACUGUUAUAUGCUGCAUCCCCCGUCUCACAUUCUCUUAUCAUUUGUCUGUUGGCACCAGUACAAGCAAUAUAACUCUCAGUACUUGUGUCACUGCACUGUACUGUAAUCUACUUUGGUUGCUCCGUGUUAAAAUAUACUUGUAAUGCUACAAUGAUGUGAUGCGUUUGAAUGCUUCAGUGUCAGAGGAGGGAGUUUGAAUUUAAAAAAUCCUUUUUCUUUAUAUAGUAUUUUUUUUUCUCCCUGUUUUUGGCAUUUUCUUGCCUGCCUCCUCAACCACUAACACUUUCUACUCCUCACGUAUGAUUAAACCACAUUAUUAAGUUUGCCGAAAGAAAAGAUGAACAUAUUGUUUUUGUCGGAUGAAUUCUUAUUGGAUAUUUUUGGUCUGUUUGAAGACCCCUUCAUUUGGUCCCUCGUGUUUGUUGCACUGUGUUUUGGUUUCUCAGUUUAAACGACAGCCUGCUUCUUUAUCCAUCUUAACGAAUCUGAGUAUUUAACUGUUGCCUUGUAAUCCGCAGAUAUUACGAUACUAUCAACUUUUUACAUUUUUUUUAUGUAAAAGUCAUAUGAAAGGCCUCAACAUUGAACACAGUCAGCUCACAUUAGGUUGAUACAGGACUGACUCGUGGACUCCUCAACUCAGAACUUAUAUAAAAUAAAAUAUCCCCAUUAUCUUCUUUUUAUUUUAUUUCUGUCAUGAAACCUGGAAACAGAAAAAUGAGAAACAUUCUAGUUUGAGUAGGAAGCAGGCAUCUAUAAACACACUCUUUUUACGUUGUUUUCCUUAUAACGUCAAACAAGCCAAAAUGAGUAAUAAGUUGAAAAUGGAAAAAUGAAAAAAAAAGCACUGAAUUACAGUAAAAAAUGCUUUGGUUUUAGUAAGAAGUCUGCUGUAUACUCUUUGGGUCAUCAUUUGUAUUUUAUUUUUUUAAUAAAACAAACAUUGGCACUAAA